AUGGUUCAAGAGCAAAAUAUUAUAGUAAAUGAUGGAGAACUCAAAAGAGCAUUCGUUGGUGCAUUCUCCAAUUGGAAGCUUCCUCCAUCAAGGGAACUUUUCAGCAAUAACAUAAGUGGAAGAAUUCCUGAUGAGCUUGGGAAUCUGACAAACUUGGUGAGCUUGGAUCUUUACUUGAACAAGUUAAAUGGUCCAAUUCCAGUGACGUUGGGCAAGCUUCAGAAACUCCGUUUCUUGCGUCUCAACAACAACACCUUGUCGGGAACGAUUCCUAUGAAUUUAACUCUGGUUACCUCCUUGCAAGUCCUGGAUCUUUCUAACAACGAUCUACAUGGAGAUAUCCCUGUCAAUGGUUCAUUCUCUUUAUUCACUCCUAUCAGUUUUCAAAAUAAUCCCCGCCUCAAUCCUCUUCCAGCUUCUCCACCAUCUUCUUUUCCACCACCAGGGGGUGCUUCUAAUGGAAAUAGUGCCACUGGAGCUAUUGCUGGGGGAGUUGCUGCUGGUGCUGCUCUGCUGUUUGCUGCCCCUGCAAUUGCACUUGCUUACUGGCGACGAAGAAAACCACAGGACCAUUUCUUCGAUGUACCUGCCGAAGAGGACCCAGAAGUUCAUCUUGGACAGCUUAAAAGGUUUUCUCUGCGUGAGCUGCAAGUUGCAACUGACAAUUUUAGUCACAAAAACAUUUUGGGCAGGGGUGGAUUUGGAAAGGUUUAUAAAGGACGUUUAGCUGAUGGCUCUCUGGUGGCUGUUAAAAGAUUGAAAGAGGAGCGCACCCAGGGUGGGGAACUGCAGUUCCAGACAGAAGUUGAGAUGAUCAGCAUGGCUGUGCAUCGGAACUUGCUUCGUCUACGUGGCUUUUGCAUGACUCCAACUGAGCGGUUGCUUGUCUAUCCUUUUAUGGUUAAUGGAAGUGUAGCAUCAUGUUUAAGAGAGCGUUCAGAAUCACAACCCCCACUUAAUUGGCCAAUAAGGAAGCAAAUUGCAUUAGGAUCUGCACGAGGGCUGGCUUAUUUGCAUGAUCAUUGUGAUCCUAAGAUCAUUCACCGUGAUAGGGCUUUUGAUCUUGCUCGCCUUGCGAACGAUGAUGAUGUAAUGUUGCUUGAUUGGGUCUAG